AUGUCUCUGGCAGUUCAUUCUCUUAAAUCAAGAACUGAAGAUCAUCUUCAUGCUGUAUUAUCUCAUAGAUCGGAAAUCAGAUCGAUAGAUCCAUUACAUGCUGCUAAUGAUGAUGAACUUUUAGCUCAAAUCGGGUAUAAACAAGAAUUAAAUAGACAUUACUCCACUCUACAAGUGUUUGGUAUUGCCUAUAGUAUUAUGGGUCUUUUACCGUCUAUUGUAUCAACAGCUUAUACAGGUUUAGAAGCUGGUCCAGUUGGUUUUGUGUGGGGUUGGUUUGUUUCAGGGUUAUUUAUUUUAUGUACUGGUACAUCAAUGACUCUUCUAGGUUCUUCCAUGCCUACUUCGGGUGGGUUAUAUUAUUAUACUAAUUAUUAUGCUCCUGAUGCUAUUAGAGUUCCAUUAAGUUUUAUGAUUGCUUGUGCUAAUUCUCUUGGUUUAAUUGGUGGUAUUUGUUCUAUUUGUUACGGUUUUGCAGUGGAAAUUUUAUCUUGUGUCUAUAUUAAUUCAGAUGGAACUUUUGAAAUUACAAAUGCAAAAUGUUAUGGUAUAUUUGCUGCUUGUGUUAUUUCAAAUGUUAUUAUUUGUUGUUUAACCACUAAACAUACUGCAACUUUACAAACUGUUUCGAUCGUGGUUAACACUUUUCUUUGUGUUUUAUACAUAAUUGCUGUCCCAGUAGGUGUCAGUAAAAACUUUUCAUUCAAUGAUGCUCUGUAUAUCUUUGGUAGUUUGGAAAAUACUAGAAGUUGGCCUUCAGGUUGGUCGUUCAUGCUUUCUUGGAUGCCACUUAUUUGGACCAUUGGUUCAUUUGAUUCAGUUAUUCAUUGUUCAGAAGAAGCUAAGAAUGCUCAAAGAGCUAUUCCUUUUGGUAUAUUAGGUUCCAUCACCGUUUGUUGGAUUCUUGGUUGGGUUAUUGUUAUUGUUACUGUCGCUUGCAUUAAAGAUGGUGAUACUGCUGCUAUUUUAGAUUCAGCUACUGGAUCUCCUAUGGCUCAAGUUAUUUAUGAUGCUCUUGGCAAACAAUGGGCCGUGGCAUUCAUGGCCUUAAUCGCUAUUGGACAAUAUUUAAUGGCAUGUUCUAUCAUGAUUGCUGCUUCCAGACAAAUCUGGGCUUUUGCUAGAGAUGAAGGUUUACCAUUUGUGUAUAACUUUGUUAAAUAUGUUGAUCCAAAAAUUAAAGUUCCAAUCAGAGCCACUAUGUUUGCUGGAUGUAUUGCUUUAUUAUUAGGUUUAUUAGUAUUGAUUAAUGGUUCUGCUGGUUCAGGUGCUUUAUUCUCCUUAGCAGUGGCUUCAAAUGCCUUGGCUUGGGGUAUGCCUGUUUUAUUGGUUAUUUUACCAUAUGGUAGAAAAAGAUUCAUUCCUGGUCCUUUCUAUCUUGGUAAAGUAGGUUCAUUCUUAGUUAAUUUCACUACUGUAUUAUGGAUCACUUUUGAAAUCAUAUAUUUAAUGUUCCCAGAUCAAAGAUUUGUUGAUAGAAAUUCCAUGAAUUAUACUUGUGUCAUUAACGUUAGUAUUUGGGGAUUGUCAUUGGUUUAUUAUUUCAUUUGGGGUUAUAAAACUUAUUCUGGUCCUAAGCCAAAUAUUGAAGAGUUUGAUACAAUUGAUGCUGAAGUUGAAACUCAAAAUGUUGAUGAACUCUUAUCUAAUGAAAAAGGAUAUUAA